AGUCAGCCGCAGUGAAGUGAAUGAUUUUGGUGAUUUUCUUUUGCUGAUCUUGAUCGUGGCAAGAGUUUUUUUGCUUUGAUCAGCAUAAAUUUUGCUGACGAAUCGACUGCUUAUCGUAGUGCUGGGGUAAAGUGAGUCUCAGUAUCGAGUUUCGGGUGCGGAAAAGUGAGUGUGGUUUUUGGAGGCGUUUCGAUUUUUUCCUAUCACAAUCCUCUUCUAUUAUUCGUUCUUAUCCACACUCUGCGCUUCUAAACACUGAGCAGAGGAUACAAUUCGAAACCACAAAGCACAAAGUUUUGAUAUUGGAAUACUGCUGCUGAUAUAAAGGAGGGAGAUAAGCAACCGGAUACAACCAGCUAAUAAUGGAGUACGAAAGCGUACUGCUCGUGAAGCAGGAAGUGUUUGUUUACAAAAUUCCCCCGAGACAAAGCAACCGGGGCUAUCGGGCAGCCGAUUGGAACCUGAGCGAACCGACCUGGACGGGUCGGCUGCGAAUGGUAUCGAAGGGAAAAACGCUGGCCAUCAAGCUGGAGGACAAAACUAACGGAGCCCUGUUCGCCAACUGUCCGGUCGAAGCGUACCCGGGGGUAGCAAUCGAGUCCGUCUCGGAUAGCUCGCGCUAUUUCGUGCUGCGAAUACAGGAUGAUAACGGUCGAAACGCUUUCAUCGGUUUAGGAUUUGGGGAUCGAUCCGAUUCGUUCGAUUUGAAUGUGGCAUUGCAGGACCACUUCAAAUGGGUCAAAAAUGAAGAGCAAAUCGAAAAGGAAAAGGUUGAACCCAAACAGCAGCUGGAUCUAGGAUUCAAGGAAGGAGAAACCAUCAAAAUUAAUAUGAAAAUAACGAAAAAGGACGGCUCGGAAGCAGGUGCUCGAACAGGAGGCGUUAAGAAAGCUGGUGGCCUAGGACUGCUUCCACCGCCACCGGGUGGUAGCAAAAUUGCCCCGCCACCUGCGGCUGCAUCGCCUUCUCACCAACCUGCGGCCGGUUCCGUAGGUCAAACGGAAUGGGGAGAGUUUACUUCGGCUGGAGCAAAACCGACAGCCGCGACAACACCAAGCAAAACUAACGCAAACUGGGUUCAGUUUUAAAAGUGAGGCAGGUAAUAUCGACCUAAAGUUUCAGCAUAGAAAUAGAAUCGAAACAUAGAGCUAUUGCUUGCCGGCGUUUUCGAACGUAUAGAGCAAGCAAGUAAUAACUCGACGACUACCACCACCACCACGACCAGCGAACAUUCGUCAGUCUUAUCAACUGUUGUUCCAACUCGAACAUUCGUUAACUUUAGCUCGAAUUCAUGAUAGAUGAAUGCCGGUGUGUGGUUGUUACGUUCACUAUUAUACUAGAGCAAACAGUGAAUUUAAUUGUUAAUCGUAAUACAAAACAGGAGAAAAUGCAUAAUAGUGUAAUACAUACAAUCUGAGUGUGAAUAUUAUAUUCAUAUACAACACACAACAAACAUACUUAACAAACAAAUACCACGGUAAAUGCAUUUUGCUUCGUUUCAAGCCGUUCUAACAUUUCAAUUUGUCCAGAAAUUGUUUUCAACUGUCACAAAAGUUAGUUUUUUUUUUGACAUAGUCAACACUAAGUAAGCGUUGCUUUUGUAAAAUAUCAUUCAACCGAUUUUUCAGCUGUUCUUUUCAACGUUUAGUUUAUAAAGAAUAGAAAAGGUUUCUUGGCUAAACAGAAUAGCUAUUUUAAUUUUGAUUCUGUAAAUCUGUAAUUUCAAAACUCACCAGCAACAAACAAAAAAAAGAUAAAAUGUAGACAGAAAACACAACAAUAUCUAUAUCCCAUGAGUAGUAGUUGUAAUGAAAUUUAUGAAAACAGAAAAAAAACAAACUUAGUGGUAGUGUGAUCGCUUUUGAGGAUUCGGACGAAAAGCAAACUAUAAUGUUAAAACUGCCCGAAAGCGGCGGAAAUAGUAGAAAGGCAGAGACAGACAAGCGCAAGAAGGCAACACGUAUAAUAAUCAAAUUUCAGAAGAAAAAAAAACAAGGAAAAAACCCUAUUUAUAAUCUUAAGACGCCCCGCCCCGCUGCUCAAAUAUGCACACAAGGGGGAGUGUGACUCUCGUUUCGUGGAAUUUGAUUUUGAUUUAAACCUAUUAUACCUAUUAUUAUAUAGCCUAUUGUGAGUUUUGUUCCGAGUUAAAGAUUUUGUUGCUGCGAAUUUCUUAUGAUUUGCACCUGCUGCUGCCGCUGCCGCUGCUGCUUGCUUGCGGUUGGUAAAUGCAAUAGAUUUCCGCAAUACCUAUAAUACUAAAUGCUGUAUGAUAAAAAAGUAAAGAGCUAUAAUUCCACUGUUUACGCUGAUGAUGAAAAAUCUUACUUUAUAAUCUAUUUUUCUUCUUCGUAUAUAUUUAGCUUAAUAUGUGACGAAUAUUAAGUGAGAGCAAAUAUUAUUGCAAAAGAAGGUAAUUUUAAGUUGCAAGAACUAUUAGGAUAUCAAUAAAUU